CCCCGGGGCUCGCCGAUCCUUCGGCUCCAUCCCGCCGAAAGCCCCGCAGGAACAUCUCCCUCGCUUGCCAGCAUGAUCAAGGGCUGCCAGAAUGAGUGCACAGGCGGAGGAUGUUCAGGAGAAAUGGGAAAGCAAAUGACUGAGUCUUUCAAGGCUUCCGAUUUGAUUAUCACCCCAGCUACGACGUUCAAGGAAAAACCAGACCCCACUGGUUUGGUGUUUGGAACUGUGUUCACUGAUAAUAUGCUGACAAUUGAAUGGUCCUUGGCUUCAGGAUGGGAGAAACCCUAUAUUAAGCCACUGGAGAACCUUUCAUUACAUCCAGCCUCCUCAGCCCUGCAUUAUGCUAUAGAACUGUUUGAAGGGAUGAAGGCGUACCGAGGAGUGGAUGGCAAAAUCCGCCUGUUCCGGCCAACCCUGAACAUGGCCCGCAUGGCACGAUCAGCACGGAGAACAACUCUGCCAUCUUUUGACCAGAACGAGCUGUUAGAGUGCAUCCGUAAGCUUGUGGAAGUGGAACAGGAAUGGGUCCCGUACUCAACCUCUGCCAGCCUGUAUAUCCGUCCUACCCUAAUUGGAACUGAGCCUUCCCUUGGAGUGAAGAAGCCGACUAAAGCCCUACUGUACGUCAUACUGAGCCCUGUGGGCCCUUACUUUGCAAGUGGAAGCUUUAAUCCAAUAUCCUUAUGGGCAGAUCCAAAAUACGUAAGAGCGUGGAAAGGGGGAACAGGAGACUGCAAACUGGGAGGGAAUUACGGUUCUACUAUUUAUGCCCAGCAGGAAGCCCUGGAGUAUGGCUGCCAGCAGGUUUUGUGGCUCUAUGGAGAAGAUCACCAAAUAACUGAAGUUGGAACAAUGAAUCUCUUUCUCUACUGGAUAAAUGAAGAUGGAGAAAAUGAACUGGCAACGCCACCUUUAGAUGGCAUCAUCCUUCCUGGAGUGACAAGGCAAAGCAUUUUGGAUCUGGCACUCAACUGGGGAGAAUUCAAAGUGUCUGAGCGGUACAUCACCAUGGGUGACCUGACAGCUGCUUUGGAAGAGAACAGAGUAAAGGAGAUGUUUGGUGCUGGGACAGCUUGUAUUGUAUGUCCCAUCUCUAAAAUUUUAUAUAAGGGCAAGCACUUGCACAUUCCAACUAUGGAGAAUGGGCCUGAGGUAACAACCCGUUUCCUAAAUAAGCUAAGUGAUAUCCAGUAUGGAAGAGAAGACAGCGAUUGGGCAGUGCUGGUGUCAUGAAGGUGGCAGAGUUCAGACCCUCCAGACAGACCUGACACCUAAAUAAUGACAACUUCUGUAGCUGCCAGUGCGUAGCAUAGUCUCAGUAUCAAUUUGCUCCCCAGGAUGAUUGUUUCCACAAUCCAGCAAACGUGAACACAAUCAUUUUGAUUUCUACUGUAAUCCUGUUGGUAGAAGCCUGUCUUCUUGGUAGAGGUGCUAAAUGUUAGCAAUAGAACUUUCCUGAUGUAUUUCUUAGUGCCUCCUUAUAUACGGUCUGAAAACUUGUAAAAUGCUCUUCAACUGCUCUUCAGUUUGGUUUGUUUACUGCCACCAUCAGCAGAACAUGUGUCACAUGAAGAUGUUGUGUGUUAGCUGCCCACAGGGUUCUGUUGACAUUAUUCUGCCUUUUGCUCUGUGCUUGGGGAAACAAAUAGAUUUAGCCAUACACUCCGUCCUUUCAUACUUUGCUUGUAUGGGAGAUUCCUGAGUUUGCAUAGCCUGGUAGAUGCCCUCAUACUCUGUCCAAUAACUCUGGCCUUUAGCCCAAAAUUCUCUGAGUCAGUCUGAAUUGCAAGAUGGUCCCUGUUGGCCUAUUGCCCUUCCCUCCAUGGGGAUUUUCUGUGGCUGCUUGGGCAGUUCAUACCUCUCUAACAGUUGAAUACAUCCUUCUAGACAUGAUUUAAAAGGCUGUGUCAGGCCCUGCUGAGAUAAAAAUUCCCCUUUGGCCUAGCAGAGCUGGGCUCUGCAGACACAGUGUUGCCUUCCAGGUGAGUGUCUAGAAAAUGAGAUUAGACAAUUUCGGCUGUGAAAAUUGAACCCAUUCUUCACAGCAGCCAAACGUUUGGAUUGAGGAAUCUUUCAUCAUCCACUCACAUAGUUUAGGUCAGAAAAAUGUUUUUCUCAUCCCUUUCAUAUACCUGCUGUAUCCAGCCUCCAUUGGCACCUGUACUGUAUAAGGGCCUUCCUGUUAAGGAACAAGCAGUUUGUCAACAGAAAAUGUCUAGGAGGAAAGAGAUUUCAUUCAAACCCUGAUUUCAUUCUGGUUAAUUAUUAUCUCAUACAAUGCUAUUUUCUCACAUGCAGUCUUGAUACUUUGGAUUCAACACAGAGCAUGUAGCCCAUAGUUGGGGAAGUAACUUCUGCAAAUGUUCACUAACGAUCAUUCUAUAAUACUUAUUAGCUUUCUCCUUCUGCACACAGCUUUAUUGAACAGCUUUAAGAUACCUCUUGCCAAAAAGGAUAACCAUAUUCUGUAUCAAUGUUCCAAAGUGCUACUUCAGUAUAAAACUGGUGGAACUUUAUUGACACUUUAUUAGAGUUCUCUAAGAAGUAAAAGUGAAACAUUUUUUGUUCUAGUUAGCAGUAGAGAUGCAUCAGUAUUAAGGGAAGCAUUUAGCACUCUAAUUUUUUUGAAGACCAACAGUAUCUCUCCUAUGCUUAUUAAUUCCUUUGUAGUUACUGACAUAUGUUAACAUAGUUUAAAAAGACAAAAUAUAAUUUCUAAUGGACCAUCCAUGCCUUAUUCAGCUGUUAAAGAGCAGCCUUGUGGCUUCCUCUUCAUUUUUGGUCACAUUUUGAAGACUCUUCCUUAGCCAUCACUUUCUUCUGCUCCCUCAGAUCAUGAUUUUUUCUAUCUUUGACUGCAGUCCAGUCUGAUCUUUUAAUGAAGAACAGUUGAAGGUUCCCUCUGAAAAUGUAACUGUUGUUAAAAAUUGAUGGAUAAUUUUUUCUUUAUUCUACAACUGCAAGCACAACUUACAGUAGUCAUAGUGUUGUGACCAUUUGAAUCUGUAUCAUGUGCUGGUCUUUGUUCACUAUCUUACUAUGUGUUACAAGCUGCUGGUAGUCUUUCCUUUUAUUUAAUUAGAUGGCUGGAAAAAUUAACGAGGAAUAUGUUAAGAUGCAACAUGGGGUAGAGAGUUUUAUCCAACGAAACCAGUAUUGAAAAUUAAAGAGUGCCUUUACCCAGAGUGUGGUGUGGAGCUCUCUAAAGGUUAUGUAAUGAGCAACCGUUUGUGGCUUACUGCUACUGAGCUAUCUAAUCUUACCCUUAAAUUCAUCUUUGGUUUAGCAGCAAACGGAAAAGUGAAAAUACCUAACUUCAGAUGCAUGGCAAAGUGGUUGUGCAAUACCUUAACAUCUUAGCUUUGAGAGAGUUGAUAUAUGAUACCAUAUAUUGAAAAUCCCCAUGAAGGCCUAAGUAUACCAGCAGCAAUCUAUUCACUGGGCAGAAUGGAUAAGGACCAGUUAGAAUAAUUAUUUUAUUGAAAUGAAAACCUGAAAGUUGUGUAAAACUUUUCUUAAAUUGAUUGCAAGUCAUUUAGCAUGGAGAAACCAGAUGGUAUAAUUUGUUGUGUUUUGCAUGGUUUCCUGCACUGACCAGAGAGACUACCUCUCUUUUCUCUGCUGAUGGAGACUUCAAAAUGAAGAGAAUUGAUAGUGGAAUGACCCACAGAAAUAUGUGGUCUUUUCUUGCAGGGAAGAAUGAAAACAUAGUGUGUGUGUGUUAAUUGUUGUCUUUAACAUCUUGGUUAAUUGCCUUACUCUGUCUAUGUCAACUCAAAGCUGUGCUAGUUUCCAAGUGGAAUCCAGGGGAAUAGGUUUUAAACUUUGAAACCUAAAAUAAGAGAGCUGACAGGUCAGUAUACUGCAGGAAAUUCUUCUGAUGUUGCAUGCUAUCCUACUCUGAAUUCUGGUGGUGCAUUUUAUCUCAUUAACCAAAGGAAAGAAAUAACAUGUGUAAAUAACAAUCAGUAUUUGAUAUUGCAUUCUCCUUGCUUUCGCUUGUAAAAUUUAGGAGGGAACUGUGGUAUUCCCUGAGCUAGUAACAGAUUGUAAAAGAACAUCUGCACAUCUUUUCUCCAUGUGCCCUAUUUGUUUAAUUGCAACAGAUUUACAUAGAAAGAGUAUGAUACAUCAUAACUAGGCAAUUAUCCAUUCUUCAUCACUUAGUUAUGGUUCUGUUAAUUGAUCAUUUAAGACAUAAGAUAGUCUAACAUUAGGAAAAUUCGAAACUGUUCAAAAAUGAUCAACAAAUUAAUAUUGUUAUGUGAUAUUUGCAUAAUUGGCUGCAAUUAUUUAAUGUUUAAUUGGGUUGAUCAAAUGAGAUUCAGCCUUUCACAUGCUUAUGUUUUACAAACACUGGUACUUUAAAAUUAUAAUAAUGAAAUCUAAUUUUCAUACAUCCUUUCUUCUCUUCAUUCUUUUGAUUAUUAUUUUCAGUAUUGAGCAUGUCCUUAAUUUUCAGUUUGGUUAGCAUGUUUCAUGACUAGGAAAAAAGUCCUUCAAAUAAGAGGAUUUUCAUGAAACUGGCAUUUCAUACAAGCUGUUCUGGUGCCAAGAAUUAUGGCUUCAGCAACUGGCAUUACUUAACCAGAUUGUUAACUGCAGUGAGGGCAAAUUCACUGAGAAUUGACAGGGACAGACGCAGGUGAGAAUGCUAAUAAAGGUUCCUAGGAUAGAUAAUCUGUUCAGUCUGUAGCACUGCAAAGCAAACAUGAUUUUUCUGGGGUAUAGAAGGGAAGACAGACAAGACAAAAGCAAAGUAGUGAGAUCUCUCUGCCCAGCCAUUGUUUACACCUGUUCAAUAAUCUCAAGCCUAAAAGCAGUUAUCAGCCACUCCUCCUCUUUGUACAUAACCUCUUGCUGGAGUUUGCCUAAUUCAAACCAUGA